AUGGCGGCGCGUUCGACUUCCUCCAACUCUGCCCAUCAUCGCUUCUCCGAAGUAAAGGACCGCCAGCACGGUGCUGAACCUGUCGCGAGGGCCCACGACGGAAAUGACGGCGCGGCCAGCCUAGAGUCACGCCUCGCGGACUUUGGCAGCAGGAGACCAAACGGCACCAGGGCGCCCAUAAGCCCGCCGCCGCUCAGGAGAAGCUCAGGAGCACAUCGCAUCCACGAUACCAACCGCAUUGACCGCUCUCCCUGGAAGUCUCGCGCAGCGUCGCCUACCACUCUCAGCAGUGGCAGUAGCGACUCCGUCUCCACCGCCGGUCCUGCAAUCGCCAUGGCUCAGCCGGCGACGCCUCAGCCAUCGGCGAAUCAGCGCCAUUCCAAUCAUCGUUCGUCCAGCAUGCGCACUCCGAACAGAGGCGAGGACGGCAGCUCGAAUUGGACCGUUGACGGGAUCGCUGACCAGCUGGACCUGUUUCGCCAGGACAUCAGAGACGGACACGCCCAGCUGACCGCGUACAUCCUGGAAUCUACGCAAGCCACGGAGAGGCGCGUCCGCAAUGGCACAGAUCUCUUCGCCGGUGUCGUGGCCGACCCGUUGAAGCAGAAAAGCGACGACUCCAUGAGAGUCAAGCUCAAACAACAUCUCAAGACCAGAAAGGAUCAGAAGGAGGUUCACUAUGUGCCCGUCUGCACAAUAACAAACAAGGAACGCGUUCCUUCAUAUCGCUUCCAUCACGUCGGAAUCAAGAAGAAUGUCCUCACCCCCAACACCAUGCUGACCUUUGUGCCUCAUUUGCGCGACCUGGAAACCUCGGAGGAGAACAAGUACAACCUCUGGCUUAAGGAGCUGGAGGAAAUUGAUCUCAAGUCAGGUUUCAAGCCCAUGAACAGAGAGGGCAAGCAGGCACACGCCAACCACAUGGAGCGUGCUGCGACUGUGUCACUCUACCUCGAGACGUGGCUGGAGCGCUUGGCCAUCCCCGGCUGCAACAAGUCGGCCCUCAUCAGCUAUAUGGCGACCACGGAGCCAGAUCACGCCAUCACGCCGCAACAAAAGACGGACAUUCUAAGAUCGCACCGUGAAGCGGACAACACCACGCCGGAGACGAAUAGGGCCGCACAGCUGUUCACCGACGCCUUCCGGCGCGCCUUUGAUGAGCGCCUGCCGGACUCGAAACACGUUGACCUCCGGACUGUAUUGCAGCUCGACGAGUCUGUAGACAGCAUCAUGGAAUCGAAGCCGACGGCCAAGGACGGUGCAGGCACCCAAAACGACGACGAGACAGCGCAGAUGGACGAGGAUGAGCUUGCAGAAUUCAAUCUGGCGACUUACUGCAUCCUUGGAUGCCUCAUCUGCUUUAGCCAUGCUUGCGAUCAUGGCGAGUACGAUAACAAGAACUUGAAGCGCAACUUUUCAAUCUCGUCGUGUUCGCGUCUUCCAGACGCGCUGAAGAAACGGCGCCAACGUUCCUCCAACACGCGUGCAGGCUCCGGAUGGAAAAGCUGGCACCCUGGACACUGCUACUCAUCGUCGUUGCCGCCAUGCGACUGCGACAAAGGCCGCGAGUGGACACAAAAUGAAAAGGUCCUGCUUCGGUCUCUCUAUACAACAGCAACCAACAGCACGUUUGAUGGUGAUCCCAUUUGCCUGGCAGCGGCCUUCCUCAACCGAUGCUGCGCGAAUGUUCACGAUGAGUUUAAACGGAUAGGUAUCUCUCUGCCGCAAGCCGAGCUCCCAGAACCCACCCGCGUCAAGAACCUUUCAUGCGCCGAGAAACGCUUGAGCCUUGCUCUCACGAUGGUCCCUGUCGAGCGGGAUCAUAGACAAAAGGAGAAGCCUUGCAUCUGCGUUCAACUGAACCGCGAGUGCGACCCGGAGCUGUGCGGCUCAUGCGGGGCUUUGGAACGCGCGGACCCGGCCAACGCACAGGACGAGCGACUUCACUCGUCGGGAUGCCAGAAUUGCGAUUUGCAGCGAGGUGCAGGCAAGACACUGGCCCUGGGCCAGAGUCAGCUCGAGGGCGUUGGCUACGGGCUGUUCACGGCCGAAGACAUUACCCAGGACGAGUUCAUCAUCGAGUACGUGGGCGAGCUGAUUACGCAUGACGAAGGCGUGCGGCGAGAGGCACGACGCGGAGACGUGUUUGAUGAAGAGUCCAACGUGUCGUACGUCUUCACGCUCCUGGAGAACGAGGGCAUCUGGGUCGACGCCGCCAUCUACGGCAACCUCAGUCGGUAUAUCAACCAUGCGUCGGAGCAUGACAAGCGAGGGUGCAACAUCACGCCUCGGAUCCUAUACGUCAACGGCGAAUACAGAAUCAAGUUCACGGCCAUGAGAGAUAUUCAGGCGGGAGAGGAGCUCUUCUUUAACUACGGAGAGAACUUUCCCAACUUGACAAAGAAAUUGCUGGACAACAAAGCCGGCGGCGAGACGGGCACGACCAAGGUGAAGGGGACACGAGGACGUCGGGCGCAAGCAGGAGACCAGGUGGCGCGGAAAGCGCCCAAGCCUGAGAGGAAGAGAGGCCCUGGUAGACCAAGGACGAGAAAGGUCGAGACUGACGACGACACCGACGGCCUGGGCACCUCGACGUGGGCUGGCAAGUCUCGCAAGCGCAAGAGGGCGGCGUAUGCCGAGGUCGAUGAGGCCGAAUACCGGCCACGCGACCCUGACCACGCUCGCACCGGCGACGGCGGUCAGGCGGCGGACAAUGAUGGUUCGGAAUCCGCGUCACGCCUGCGUAAGAGGGCCCGGGGAUCCUCGGGAGCGCAGCAGCCCGAUACACCAACGAAAGGAUCAACGGACCCCCCAAAGAAACCCAAGGGUAAACGGGGCGGCGCGCGACCGGGCAGUGGCCGGCCUAGGAAGCAUCCGCGUCUGGCCCCGAAGGCAGCCCCUGCGUCUGCGUCCGAAGCGAUGACUGGUCAAGCAUCAAACGAAGACGGUGUCGUGCCGGAGCCUGCGGCGCAAGCGACACCGCCGGCGACGGUCCAGCAAGCGCGGUUUGAGGUGAUUGAAAUUAGCGACAGCGACGAUGUUGCAGGACGUGGCCUAAACGGGACCCCGAGCAGCGUGCGGAAAUUCGGGGCGGAGACGUCGCUGGACGAGGAAGACGAGGAUCAAGACGUGGUGGUCCGGAAGAGGAACGACCGCGCGGCGCGUAACAGACGGCCGCCGGCCAAGUUUAGAGACGACGACAUUUGGACGUGA